UCAGAAGUUCUCAGAAUCGGAAAAUAAAGCACGUAUUUACUUUUGGAACAACAUAGGUACGAUGAAUGAAAACCAAAUUGUUGUUAGGCAUGAAUCAGAAGGUGGCAAGACUCCCACAACGCGUGACGAAUCACAAGAUGUUAGUACGAUUACAAAGACCAUUAAAGGCCGUGGUCCGUCAAAAGGUGUUAAAGUCGCUAAGCCUAUGUUCCUUGAGUAUAAUGUAUAUAAUGUCCCCGAUGGACAAUGGUCUCAUGAAUACGGGAAGCAAGUUGGGAGUUGUGCUACUAGAAUUAAUAUUAACGUCCCAUUAUAUCCAAAGGUAGAUGAGCAAAUCAAGAAGGGGUUUUGGGAGGAGACUAAGCUUAUGUUCCACAUUACUGAUGAUUCUAAUCAUUCGAGGGAGAAAUAUUUUCAUUCUUGUGUGGCGAAACGAUUUAGUUGUUUCAAGAGCAAGUUGGUGCGCCGAUGGAUAACUAUGAAGGAAAAGAAGCCAAAAAAUCAAACAAACAAGAUGCCUUGGGAUGUCUACAACCAUAUCACAGAGGAUGAUUGGAAGACUUUUGUUAAACAUUAUUUCCUGCCAGAGUCAUUGCUUCGUAGUGAAAAGGCGAGGAAAAGUGCAUCAUGCAACAAGAACCCACAUCGCACCGACCAAAAGGGUUAUAAUAGAAAGCGACUAGAUUGGAUAAAGGAUGGACGACUUCCACCAGAUGCAGCUUUACCUAUCUCGAGUAGCUCCUCGGUGAACUCAUCAGUGACCUCAAAUGUUAAUAGAGUUAGAAAAUACAGAUCAAAGGAGUGGAUUUUGGCCCAUCAAGUACAAAAUAAAGAGGGAAAGUGGGAAAUUGACCCGAACGAUACAGAAGUUGUUGAAAUCGCAACAAAAGCUUUAGAGUACAUCGCAGAAGAGGAAAAAGGAAAUCUUUCUUUCGAACAGGGUGAGGAUGCCCUCACUAAAGCUAUAGGGAAAAAAGAUCAUCGUGGGCGUGUCAAGGGAACAGGUGGCAUGGUUGGUAUCAAAAAGGCUUUCGGUCCGUGUAUUCGACAUAGUAGAAGUGACCAUGGUGAAGCUUCAUCAGAAAAUUACGAAUCAAUCAGAGCUUCUGUGAAAAAGGAGUUUGAAGGUGAAUUAGAGAAAAGGGUAGAGAAGAGGGUGGCAGAGGCCCUCCAAAAGCAACUAAGCACCUUGUUAAAAACAGGACAACUAAACUCCAUUUCUACCCCGAUACCUGAUGACCUCCACUUAAAUGAUUCUGCCAGAGUUGACCUUGAUGUUAGUGCUACAAGAACCACUCGUCACAUCUUAGUGCCGCAACCACGCGAGCUAAAGGAAAGGACUCCAUGUCGUCUUGCCCUUGAGGAGAAAGUUUCAGGCAACAACAUUGUCGUGGCGGAUGGUAUGGUACAACCCUCAGAUGGUGCAUUGCCCCAACAUUUUACAUCGAUGAAGCCUGGUCACUAUAAAGUCCAAGUUGAUUUUGUUUACGACGGACAUGUUGAUGAUAUUCUUCCGGUACCUACGGGAGAUGGUUUCACUAACUUAGGCGGUGCUCUGGGUAGUUUUGUGCAAUGGCCCAUACACUUAGUGAUUUUCGAAGACGGCGAGGAUUGUAUUUCACCUCCUAAAAAGAAGUCCAAGUCUAAUGUUUCUAAAGAGAGGGAUGGUAGCUCCAAGAAAAAGACAACGGUGUUAGCGGCCCAAAAGAAGACAACAGACUUACCAUCCAAGCUCCCUAGGGGACUAGGUGGCUUAGGCAUUCGAGGUACGUCCUGCUUAAAUAAGGCUUUACUCAUGAAGCAUAUUUGGCGUUUAAGUAAUAACCCCCAUUCUAUGUUAGCUGCUAUUGUUAAUCAUAAGUUUGCAAAGCCAUUACAUUCCGGGGUUCAAGCUUCAGUUAGAGGGCGUGCUCUUUCUUGGGGUAUGCGUGGCAUGGGAAGAGCUUUCAACAAUAUUCUUAAAGGUUGUAGCUGGAAAAUUGGGAAUGGAAGGAAAGUUUUGGCAGGGGGAAAUAGGUGGGUUGAGGGUGAAGUUCCUAUUUUUAAUUCAAAUGUUACGUUACUGCAAGCGAAGGACUGGAAAGUUCAUCAUUUCAUUCGUCCUUUGGGUAUUGGGUGGGGCCAUGACAAGGUUCGUGCAUGUUUCGAAUUCCAGGAUGCUCGAAAAAUAGUUGCCAUGGAGCUUCCAACUUCAGAUACUGAUGAUCUCCUUUACUGGAAAUUUCAGAAGUCAGGUGAAUUGACAGUUAAAACUGCUUAUGCUAUGCUGGCAAUGGAGGAGGUUUCUGACAGUACUAAUGUUCCAGGGAAUAACACUUAUAAGAUGCUUUGGUCUCUGGGUAUCCAUCCUAAGUGGAAAUUGUUUUUGUGGAAACUGCUGCAUAACGGAAUUGCAACCAAGGUCAAUCUGGGGAAGAAAGGUAUUCAAGUUUCCAUUUCUUGUGAUUUAUGUAAUAGAGGGGAGGAAGAUUUACAACACCUUUUCCGGUUUUGUAACUUCGCGCAACAAGUUUGGAGGGGUGGAUUACUAGCUAUCCACUCAGAACUCAACGAAACCAUGUCCUUUUCGGAAUGGGUUUUGUUUUAUAUCCGACAAUUUCAACGUCAGGAUGGAAAGAGCAGUCCGAGAAUGGUAUACUUUAUUAGUACACUUUGGGGGCUCUGGUUAACAAGGAAUAACCGUGUGUUUAGGGGUGAAAUUACAUCGAUGGCGACUGUUCAAUCGAUUAUCAAUAAUGGAUUGAAUGACAAUGGAAUCCUUCAGAGUCAUAACCAACCUUAUCUAGGUUUUCUCCAUCCCCCAGAGGAUACUUUAUCUUUUCCACCGGGGUUUUUCAGGGCUAUCAUUUCUGGUACUGAAUUCCAGGGAACUCCAGCUAUAAUUUUGGUGGAUGGGUCGUGGCACAAGUCAACUAAGAAUGCAGGAAUGGGUUGGGUACUAGAAGGGCAUCAGAUCCAGAAGGUAAGUACUUUGGGAGGGGCGCAAUCUGGUACUGCGCAUUCUGCGUUGCAAGCAGAGGCUAAAGCUUGUCUUCUAGCUUUAUGUUGGGCGUCACAAGCUUCGAUAGCAAGGGUUACAAUUUUGACAGAUUCACAACGAUUAGUUGAACUUUUAAGAUUGGAUGAUUUGUCAGAUGUGCAGGUCAGGUGGACUAUUGCAGAAAUUAAGAAAAUAGGGAAAACUUUUUGCUGGUGUACGUUGUGUCAACAAGGUAGAUCGUCAUCAAGUUCAGAGGGCUCAUGA